AUGGGAAUGGGCGAUAUUUCUCGCAUUUAUAUCGGCAAUUUACCUGAGGACUGUUCGCAGCGUGAGCUUGAGGAGGAAUUUGAGAAGUUUGGUCGUAUUAUUUAUUGCGAUUUAAAGAAGUCUUAUUCCGGAUCUCCGUUUGCUUUUAUAGAGUUUAGUGAUUCUAGGGAUGCUAGAGAUGCUAUUAGGGAUAAAGACGGUUAUGAGUUCCACGGCAAGAAGCUUCGAGUUGAGCUUCCAUUUCGAUACAGAGAUGAACCUAGAAGGCCUUCAAGUAGGCGUUAUGGAACAACGAGACGUGGAAAAUAUGUUCUUGAGGUAACUGGACUUCCACCAACUGGAAGUUGGCAGGAUUUGAAGGACCACAUGCGAGAUGCUGGAGAGUGUGGUCACGCUGACGUGUUCAGAGGUGGUGUGGGUGAAAUCACAUUUUUUUCAAGGAGUGACAUGGAUUAUGCUAUUGAAAGGUUUGAUGGUUCAACAUUUAGAUCCCAUGAAGGGGAGAAGAGUAGAAUAAGUGUUAGGGAGAAGACUAGGAGGAAAAGAACGAGAUCAUAUAGUUUUGAUAGAGGAAGGUCACAUAGUAGGGAUAAUCGUAGAUCAAGGACAUAUAGUCGCAGUAGGUCGAGAAGUAGGGAUCGAACUAGAGAUGGAAGUAGGAGUAGAGAUAGGAGUAGAACUAGAAGUAGGACUAGAAGUAGAAGUCGGGAUAGGAGUAGGACUAGAAGUCGUACAGUAUCAAGGUCAUAUUCAAGAGAUAAAUCAUCAUCUAGGUCUAGAGACAAGAGUGUUUCUAGAUCCAGGUCAUGA